CACGCGCGCGCGCGCGCAGAGGCACAGACGCGCAUUGGGAGGUGGUGUAUCGACUGCUUGAUUCGUCAUGUCGCAGCUUUCGUCGACUCAGUCGGAGGCGACACGCCGGGAACUUCGCAAUCGACACGGCGAGUCCAUCCGACGCGUGCGUGCUGCCGCCGAGCAAGCCGAUCCCAUCAAGGCUGCCACCGAAGCCCUCGAGCAAACAAACAAUGACUUUCGCUUCGUCAGUCAUGGAUCAGAGGCUGUCACUGACGCUCGCGUCUUGUCCGAAGCCGCCCUUCUCGGCCGCCAGGAGGCCGUCAAGCUCUCAGGCGCCUCGUUUGAGUUUUCCUCGGGCUCCCUGAAAGAAGCCUUGAAAUCGACUUUUAUGAUUGCGCCGGUUACUGGUGGCAGCUCCGGCAUAGAGACGAGUCAGCCUCACAACAAGCGCAGCAAACGCAGCCUGGCUGCAGCAUCAACGUCCAAUGCUGUCAGCUACGACUGGGACGCCCUGGGUGUCUUGGCCUGCCAAUACUUACUCCCCGUUCCUCCGCUGCGCGUCCUUUUGGGGCCUUUGGCAAUGGAUACCUCGAAAAAAGUGAUUGAGCGUCAAACAAAUCAACGCAAGAAUUAUAAGGCGAUUCAGCCGAAGACGAUGAAUGACUUUGCGACCGAGGACCGCGAAACCACCUCCAACCGCGUCGAAACAGUCCUUGAUUGCCUGCUGGAUCAUCUUGAAGAAAUUGGCGAAGACGACUGUGACCUCUUCCACUUUGCUUUCAACCCAAAGAGUUUUAGCCAAACCAUUGAAAACAUUUUUGACGUCAGCUUUCUGAUCAAUGAAGGACGAUGCGGUCUUUUUUACGAUCGACACAACCUCCCACGCAUCCGGAGCCUCGAUCCUGACGACGAGACAAAGGGCAAGCUGCCUGGCUCGGGCAGCAGGCAACAGGUCAUCUUCUCCGUCAAUCAGCAAGAGUGGCAAGACAUUGUCGAGGCUUUCAAAAUUUCCAAGAGCGUCAUCCCCAAUCGCCCGUCAUGAUAGCCUCACCAGCAGAGCAGUUGUUGCCAGGUGUAGAGCGACGCACAACACAACAAAGAUUCUUAAUCUGUACUUGAGUCUUGAAAAUAGCACCACCUGACUGAAGCAGGACUGACGAACCCCUUGUUUUUCUCUGCUCGUGUCUUGACAUGUAAAGCAGGCUGAUACGAUAGUCGUAAACAACUAAGCAAAAAUCGCC